AUGUCAUCUGAUAAUGUCGAUAACACUCUUAUAUCCUCUACGAUCAAUCAUGGGCCAGCCGAUGUGGCGAUAUCCAGUACAAUUUUAUUUGAUAACAACGCUGAUACCUCGCGAGAUCAACAACGUUCUGACGAGAAUGUCAUCCCACCUGAGCUGAUUCAACGUCUAUCAGCGAGGUUGGAAACUGGACUCGACAGGAAUGAUAAUCUCGAUGAUCCGUUUCUGACAAGUAUCAAGAAGGAUCAUGUAUAUGUUAUAGCCAGGAAGUAUACUCGUGAUACCUCUAUCGUACAGCCUGCACUAAUGGAGAUGAUCAAUCAGAAAACCCCCCAGGAGCAAUUGGAGAGACUGAAGGUGCUCAAGGAAGAGAAAGGUGACGAGGAGUGUCUAUGGGUGAAUAUCCUAGGAAUAGAAGAAAAGGUUAUAUGUGGAAUGACAGACUUAUGCGGUCUGCCAAAAUCGACUAUCAUGGACCACCUUACUCUCUCUGAAAAUCGACAUCAUCGAUCCCAUCUUGAAAUCCACCCUUCGCACAUGUACAUCCAACUUCUCAUACAGGAUACACCCAAGUCUAUGGCUGAUGCUCCGAUAUAUGAUAUGGUCAAGAACGUCUUCAAGGCUGAUAAACACUCAAUGUCCGACGAGAGAUCUGGUGAUGGGAACGGUGAUGUGGAUGUGGACAAGAUGAUUAGGAGAGGGUUUCUGAGUGUCUUUAUCAUCCCUUCUUUGAACAUCCUAUUCACUAUCACACAUUCAUAUUAUGAUUGUCCGGCCUCACGAGUGGUCGUCCGGAGCAUCUAUGUAGAUAAGGCCAUACCAGGUGAGGUGGAUAUAGCUGCGAAUGCACAGUUAUUGGGGUUGAGUAUGGUGCAUCGGACUAUUGGAUUCAGUUGGAGUAUAGUGCGAAAUGUUGAUAAACAAUUGAGAGAUUGGGAAGAUCAACUGAAGAUCGAUUUUUCGUCUAUAAAUGCAGAAGAAGUACAUCGCUUAGUCCAUUAUGCAGCUAGUAGAGCCGUUGUAGCAGAACAAGAAACGGACGGAAACCUGGUGAGGAUGAAUUGUAGGGCAGUUAUUAUGCUUGAGCAAGGUAAAGAAACGUUAGAGAGGGUUAUGGAAGAUACCGAGGAUAUGUUGGAGAAAGGUAAGAAUUUGGAAAAUUAUUGUUUUAAUAUGUUAUCGACACGAGCGAAUGAUUCGAUGGAGAGAUUAGCGAUUGUUACAAUUGUUUUUCUUCCGUUGACCUUUAUCGCUUCAUAUUUCUCGAUGGGCUUCGAGCGAUUUGCUGACCUCUCACGAUCUCCUAUAUACUUUUGGGAAAUCUCCAUCCCACUUUCCUUUGCGUUCUUCUUGAUAUUCGCUUACUCGAGUUUGAAAAGGGGAUUGACCCGACUUUCCCAGCUCGUAAGUAGGUUCAGGAGAUGGUUGAAGAAGCAGACGAAAUGGUGGAAAUUGGAUAUUAUCCUCUGGUGGAGGAGGAAGAGGGACAGGUGGAAUAAGAACGAUGGGGAGAGGAAGUUUAGACAGGAAGGCAACGGUCAACCAUGA